CUUACCUUAGCAAUUUGUUUUUAUCAGUCGCUCUUGCAGCAGUACUACAUCCCAGACAUCCGUUGGAACCGAAUUGAGCACGGCUGUCGACGAUGGAAGCGACCCCUGCAGACAACACUGAUGCCGCAGAGGUUACGACGCCGCUCGACGCCGCAUUGCCGCUGAUCCUCCCGUUCACGUCUUUACAAUGCAAGGGCAGAGCCCAAGCGACGAGCAAAAUCGUCCGGGAGAGCGUCGUCGUCGACGAGCUCGACGCGCGACCGCUCUACUCCAAGCUAGGAGCGACAAAAGCGACAGCACUCUUCCCACAACUCCUGGAGAAACACCGCCUCGUUUCAUUAAAUCUCGAGUUCUGCCGCGCCGCAUCGAUCCUCGACGCCGUCGCCGACACUCAGCACGCUACAUUAAAGCACAUAAACUUAAAUGGCGUGCCGGACGCGGACCCGGCAACAGUCUCAAGAUUACUAGGAAACUGCCGCCGGCUCGAGGUCGUGGGGCUGUUCCGGCAGGUCCGGUUGGGUGACGACGCGUUGGCGGCUCUGCCCAGUAGCUUACAAGAGCUCUCCGUCUCCGGCUGCUCGUUAAUUAGCGACGCGGGCAUCAAGGCUCUGGUCGAGCACGCUCCUCAAUUACAUUUCCUCGACGUUACAAGGUGCCCGGAGCUCACCGACGCGUCUCUCAUGACUCUUGCUUCCCUGAAACUGACGGGCCUCGUGUGCUACGCCAACGCUGGACUAUCAAUGUACGGUCGCCUUCGAGCGUUUGACUUAAGGCGCCUCGACUGCACCGGGAGCCGCGGCGUCGAUGGUUCUGCAAUUGCGAAAAUAGCGCGCGCGGCAGCCGCAAAGCUGGAAAUUUUGAAUUUGAGCUGGUGCGUCGCGGUCGACGAUGAAGCGCCGCUCGCGCUCGGUGAGUGCUGUCCCAAUCUGACGUGGCUCUCGCUCCACGGCAACCGCAACGUGACCGACGCCGGGAUUGAUGCCCUGUCGACAGGUUGUCUGAAGUUGACUUCAUUGGAUGUGAGCGGUUGUAGUCAAGUGACGGACUACCUGCGGCGCGAGGGUUUGCUCGUGGGGAAGUUUCCACAUGUUGUGAAGUGGAGGCUGCACACGUGAGGCGACGUUGGUCCGCGCCGUCGACGCGAUUGCACGCGUGGGCGACCCCGCUCCACGCCGUAGACGCGACCCCUUUGUUUAGCUAAUGUUCUUGUCCUUGUG